GGGAACGGUGCGUGAAGGUGUGGGGAUAGGGAUGUGUCGGCUGGAGGGGUUGCUGGUGGGCUUGCUGGCGGAGGACAUUAAGGCACUAUGCCGGUGUCAGGGUGGUGGGCGGUGGUGGCGGAGAUGGGGCGGCGUGAAAAGGAGGGACUACGUAUUGCGUGCGCAGUGGCUGUUGACGUGCGAGUGCUGGUGGUGUCUUGGGCGUUGCGUGCAGCGGGACCAGUCGUGUUGGCAGGCGUCCCCUCCAGCUUUACGGUGGCUAGGCAGGCAGGGGAGGACAAGGGGUGUGCAACUUUAGCGGCACCCAGGUGGCUGGUGCUACUGGCGUCUUCCCGAACAACCGAGCGCGCGUGUGUGCGUGAACAUACCGGUACGUCUAUUGCUUUGUUCUUCUUUAGCCUAAAGGACUAAGGACCAGUGACAUGUGUAUGGUUACUCGGUUAGCGCGGCCAACCCCCUCCUCUAGAGGCUUGCAGACGCCCUGUGGCGGGCGGGCGGCACGUAUUUGGGUCUGCCACACCCCAAUCAGCUAAGAUGUCAGGGCUGGGGUCGGGUCGGAGGGUGAGCGUGCGGUGCAGGGAGUGGCUGGGGGCUGCAGCGGCCUGCUGCUGUGCUGCGCCUAAGGAGAAGCCAGCGGAGGUAUUCCAGCAAUUUCCAUUUGAGCAAUACUUUCUGGCCUUUCCGCCUUUUUCACUGCUACAAUGACUGCUGCGGGCACUGUGGGUUAUUGUGAACAUAUGCAACAUCCCUAGCCCGUUCCUAACCACGCUCCAACCUGACCG